AUGACGAUUUUUCUGACUGAAGAGAAGGCCACGGCACUUGCCGAGCAUUGCAAAGCACUUGUGGAUUUGAGUAGGCUCAAAAUACGUGAAGUGGCACAAGUAGUGGGAAAAAUUAUUUCUAGCCUUCCAGGGGUCAUGUAUGGGGCAUUAUACCAUAGGAAUAUUGAACUCGAUAAAACUCAGGCAUUAAAACAAAAUGCUGGUAACUUUGAUGCAUACAUGACUUUAAGUGAUAGCGCAAAAAAGGAAUUGAAUUGGUGGGCUGAAAAUGUCCAAGAAAGCUAUAACUUAAUCUCACAUGGGCACCCAGAUAAAGUAAUCACUACUGAUGCCUCACUCACAGGAUGGGGUGCCGUAUUUGGGAAGGAAUCCACUGGGGGCUUAUGGUCUACAGCUGAAAAGACUAACAACAUCAAUGCUUUAGAAUUCAUUAACCAUAUGGGUACAUGUCAUUCGAAUAUCUGUAAUACCAUAGGUAAGGAGAUCUGGGAGUGGUGCAUUGUUCGCUCUGUCUGGAUUUCAGCUGCACACAUUCCAGGAAAAAUGAAUGACGAAACUAGAGCGAUACAACAUUUCAACCACAGCAAAGGACGUUAUUAUGUCAUCAUGGCGUGA